AUGCUGCUACUCGCAACCCCCUCCCUCCUGCAGUUGACAUACUGCAGUGCUGCCUGCAUCGCUGGCUACUGGCUUUAUUGGCAGUCGACGACAGGGCGACGGCAUCGUCAGUUUGUCAAAAAGCAUGGCUGCAGACCGGCGAGGAAGGUCAAGAAUAGGGAUCCUGUCUUGGGCCUAGAUGCGGUCUUUGCCAUGUGGAGAUGGUCUGAUCAGCAUAUCCUAUUUGAGAAAACAUCACAAAAGUUCUUUGGAUCCGGCGCCAAAACCGUGGAGUUCGCCUUCCUUACGGCAAAUGUCAUCCUUACCUGCGAGGGUGAGAACAUAAAGAGCGUCCUCUCGCAGAAUUUCAGAGCUUUUGGGAUUGCAAACACGCCAUCGGAGCUCGAACUGUUACUCCGCGGAGGCAUCUUUUUGAAUGAAGGAGAGGCGUGGCAUCAGUCUCGCGAGUUAAUAAGACCGAGUUUUGCGCGCUCCCAGGUUGCGGACCUAGACAUGCUCGAGAAGCAUGUCAACACCCUUAUUGACGGUAUUCCGCGCGACGGUUCAACAGUCGAUUUGUCAACGCUGUUCUCCCAGCUCACGCUCUCCACAGCCAUCGAAUUUCUGUUCGGAGAAAAUAGUGACGAGGAAGACUCGGCUGCAGACAAAGUAAGCAAUCAUGCCUUCACCGAAGUCUGGGAUCGUGUUUCGCGCUAUCUUGCGAACGCAGGGGAAGGGGAGCAUGGAAAACUUUGGAUAUAUAACUAUCUCCUUGAUCGCAUUCGCAUGAAUCCUCAGUACAGGCGAGACUGCAGUACAAUCCACCACUACGUUGACAAGUUGGUGGAGAAGUCCCUUUCAUCCAAGCAACUUGAGAGUCUUUCCACAUCCACCACCAAACCACGCUACGUGUUUGUCCAUGAACUUGUCUCACAGACGACCGACAAAGUCAGAAUCCGUAACGAGUCGCUGAGCGUCCUAUUCGCAGCCAGAGACACUACUGCUGGUCUUCUGACGAACGUCUGGUUCGAGCUCUCGAAGCGACCAGAUAUCUGGACUCGGCUGCGCAAUGAGAUAGACACUCUCAAUGGCAACAAACCCAACUACGAGGAGCUGAAAAAUCUCAAGUAUCUGCGCGCCGUACUGAAUGAGAGUCAGAGGCUGUACCCUAUCAUCCCAGCAGGAGGACGAAAGGCGAAAGAAGACGUAGCUCUACCUGUCGGAGGUGGUGAGGACGGGAGGAGCCCGGUCUUCGUACGUAAAGGGCAGUUCGUCCUAUUUGGCAUUCAUGCUAUGCAUCGACGGAAGGACUUAUAUGGCGAGGACGCUGAUAUAUUCAGGCCUGAAAGAUGGCUCGACACGGAAGAAAAGAGAGGGUUGAGGAUGGGUUGGGAGUAUUUGCCCUUCAGUGGUGGACCAAGAGUGUGUCCUGGGCAAAACUUCGCCUUAACCGAAGCAUCCUACGUAACCAUCCGCCUGAUCCAAUCCUUCCCCGGCCGCCUCGAGAGCAGAGAUCCCGAACCCUGGCGCGAACUCAUCACUUUCAUCGUCAGCAACCUGGGCGGGUGUAAGGUCGGUCUCUUCCCGCGAGAGAGCGAAGCGAACCCAGACAAAGGAGAACGCGCAAGACUAAAAGGAGGAUUCGAGUUAGCUAUCAAAAUGCCGUCCCCGAUAUUGGGUGCAGGGUGCAAUGGUUCCUGA